GUCGGACCUCACCAUUUCAAACUUCCCACGACUGCGAUCGGUGGUUUAUAGUCGGUUCUAGUCACUUCUUCCGUGUCCUUCGCCGGCAGCGCACCAUGAGUCUCGUCAGCGCAAGAGGGGACGGCGGCAGACCGCGACCUCCGCCCGAUCCGGUUGUGGUUCUGCGAGGUCACGGCGCUCAAGUCAUGGAUGCCUGUUUCCACUCUUCGCGGUCGCUUCUCUUCACCGGUGCCGCCGAUGGGGAGCUGCGAAUUUGGGAUACCGUGCAGCAUCGGACGCUCUCCUCUACCUGGGCUCACGGCGGAGCGGCAGGCGUCUACAGUGUUGCUACUAGCCCUUGUAUCGAGGAUAAAGUUGUGAGUCAGGGAAGAGAUGGGAUGUGCAAAUGCUGGCAGGUUGAGGAAUCUGGUCUCUCCAGGGACCCUUUGGUUGCCUUUAGGACCAAUACAUAUCACUUCUGCAAACUUUCUUUGGUGAAAUCCUCUGCACCCGUGAAAUUAGUGGGGCAAACUGAUCAAACAGAUUGCAAAUCUGCUUGUUCCACUAUAGGAUACGAAGAUCAGAAUGGCAAUCAUGACUUGGAGAAGAGAUAUAGAGUGUCCCCAGAACACCAUCCUGCUGAGACAUCUUCAACCCCAAUUGAAGGUUCUAACACAACUAGAGGACCAAUGUUGAUGGCUAUAGCUGGUGAAGAAUCUUAUCAGGUUGAGAUCUGGGACCUUCAUAAUGCAGAGCGGUUGAUGUGCUUGCCCCAGACAUUUGAUGACAUUUCCACAGGGCAUCCAAUAAAACAAAGAGGAAUGUGUAUGGCUGUCCAAGCUUUCUCAUCACUGGAGUCGCAAGGGCACUUAAAUAUUUUGUCUGGUUAUGAGGAUGGAAGCAUGCUUUGGUGGGAUAUACGGAAGCCUAGGUCUCCGUUAUCUUCUGUAAAAUUUCAUUCAGAUGCAGUUCUAUCUCUUGCAACUGAUGGCUCAUGCAAUGGUGGCAUAUCUGGAGGUGCUGAUAACCAAGUGAUCUUAUUCAGCCUUGAUCAUCAAAAGAGUACCUGUACUAUUAAGAAAGAAUUAACUGUUGAUCGUCCAGGAACAGCAGACACUGCAAUACGAGCAGACAGUAAAAUUGCAGCAACAGCCGGGUGGGAUCACAGAGUGCGCGUGUAUAAUUACCGCAAAGGGAACACUUUAGCAAUACUCAAGUAUCACACUGGUUUGUGUAAUGCAGUUACAUUUUCAUCUGACUGCAAGCUGAUGGCAUCCUGCUCAGAAGACUCCACCGUUGCACUAUGGAAUAUUUAUCCUCCUCAACCUUAAUGGGAAAUGUCUCUGUCCCAUCCAGUCCACUCUCCAUUCCUCAACCUUGAGGAUUGACCAAGUUGAAAAAUCAUGGGCCUUAGGGCAUACUGACUGAUCAUAUAAACAUUUAUGCUGGUAUUCAAAAGGAGACAAAAUAAUACCAGUACAUAGAUCAUAUCAAUCUUUGUAUGCAUGAUAUAAAACAUAGUAGUAUUGCUAUGCUUAAGUUAUUAUAUGAAAGGAAUCAAUUUGAUCGUCUGAAGGAUUUUGGGCUCCUGUUUUGUGCUUUUGAUCUUUUUCCAACUACAAACGUAAAUUCAUCAUUUCUUUUUGCAACACAAUCUUUGAGGAAAAAAAAACACAAUACUGUUUGCAAACAAAAAAAGUUCCUGAUAUAGUUUCCAUUGUUCCCGAAGUGUAAUGCAGUUACAUUUUCACCUGACUGCAAGCUGAUGGCAUCCUGCUCAGAAGACUCCACCGCUGCACUAUGGAAUAUUUAUCCUCCUCGACCUUAAUGGGAAAUGUCUCUGUCCAUCCAGUCCACUCUCCAUUCCUCAAC